AAAUAGGAUCGUUUUGAUGAGCCGUGAACCUUCUUUUCAUUUUUUAUUUUUAUUUUUUUAUUUUUCCUUCUCUUUUUCUGACCGUAUAGAUAUAAGUGUUAAUUAGUAUAGAGUUGGUACAUUUGGGGUGACUUUUAUCUAUCAUUUAUACAAUCCUUAUUAUUUUAGAAUACUCUCUCUCUUUCUCUGUAUUAUUUUUGUUAUCUAUUUUAUAUAUUUACCUAUCAUUUGUCCAUUCCUUCCAUCAUGGACUCCUAUCCUUCUGAAUACCUCUUACAUCCUGUACCUGUGCUUGCUAUAUACGGCCUUCGAGAACAACAAGAACUUAUUCCCACCGAACCUUCCAAUUCUGACGAAAACAAAUUUCAUUCACUUACUACCACACUUCUCAACAUUCUCUUGGCACGACAAGAUUUCUCUUUAUAUGAUGCUUCAAGAUAUAUUACCAACGCUACCAUACCACCUCCCUUUCGUGUCAUAACAGUACAAAAGGACUAUACAUUACCCGAACGUUCAUCUUAUGGUCUUCAUACACCACUAUCACCUUUAUCGUCUGAUUCUCCUCUUUAUCCUGAUGGAUUAAUGACACCACAGUGGAUUACGAAACACUGGAAUCUACCAAGUGUAGUGGUUGGAUGUUAUGAAUUAUGGGACUGGUCUCAGGAACCUGGCUCGCCACCUCCUCAAAGACGUGAAACUGGACCUUUGGCAUCACAUUUAUUGAUCGAUCCUACAGAACGUGAAAAGGAUACUAUAUUAGCUCAUGAAAUCAAUGAAAGAAGAAAGUAUUUUCAAGACAAAGGUAUUAAAUUUGCUGCUGUCAUACUUCGAAAAGGGAAACAUUUGGAUGGACCUGCUAUCGAGGAACGAUGUUCUAUGAUACGGAAACAAAGUGGAUUGGAUGCAAAAACUUCCUUUUUUACUCUUGGACCUGGAAGUAUUCAUGAUUUGCAAGAAUUCGUCAAUAUAUUAUAUCGAUCAUUGUUCGAAUCAGCAUUACAGUAUUAUAAUAACCUCAUCAAACGGACUAGAAAGAAACGAUCAAAAUUACCAUCCCUGUAUCAACAACCAAAACCUACUUCUGUAACUUCACUUGAUGAUUCUCGACCACUCACAAACUCUGGUUGGACCAUACGAUAUGAUACAAAAAUCGCUUUGUUUCAAGAAUUCAAACAAGACAUUGAGGGUGCUCUCAAGACAUUGGAAAUUACUUACACAUCACUUGCUGACUAUCUGACUCCUGGAACUAACGCUGUGUCCGGUUUGCAUGUCCGAAGCAAACGGUGGUUUGAAGCUCGUUCUUUAUCUGACUGUUUGAAUAUCAAGAUCUGUCAAUUUUAUCUCUAUUUAAAUGACUCUUCAUCGGCACUCGCGCAACUCAAUGGUCAUCUACAUAUGUUUCAGUCCUAUUCUGCAGCUUGGGGAAUGGGUGAACAGUCAUUUGAAUACUGGGCAUGGUUAUCUAAACAAUAUCGAAUCUUCGCUGAUGUGAUUGACUUGGCAAUUCAACAUGGGUUCAAAGUACCUGAUCCUUCUUCACUUACAACAUCUGGAUUCACAAAUACACCUGGAAGUCCACAUUCUGGAAGCGGGAUGUCUUUUGGUAUCAAUGACAUAAAUGUAGGAUGUAAUCCUGGGGCUAUCUUACAACAUCCUGGAUUCUAUUAUCAUUUGGCAGCAAUGUGUUGUGCUGAACGACGUCGACGUUUUUUGGAAAUGAAUAGACUGGAAGCAUCCAAGAUGGGACAACAAGAACCAACCAUGUUAUCAUCAUUACUCGACAAGGAACGAAGGAUGGAUCAUUCAAGCUUAACAAUUGAACUACUUACCAAAAGCUAUGAGCAAUUCAAACGAUAUCACAAUGGUCGAAUGACACUUUAUCUUGCUGCAGAAAUUGCUGGUACCUAUUAUGAAACAGGCAAAUUCGAAAUGGCAUUGAAAUUUUUUGAAAGGAUUGGAAAAACAUAUCGCAAGGAACGAUGGCAUACGAUACUAACUUCCAUUUUACGGUGGUCAUUACGAUGCGCGAAAGAAUUAGGAUCUUUGGAACGAGCUAUUGAAUGUCUGGUGGAAUUAUUAUCAGAUGCAUUACCAAUGUCGGACAGCAAACGAGCAGAUAUUCAAGGUGAACUACUGUCUAUAUUGAAUAAACCAUCAGCAACAAUAGAUCAUCGUCAACCUCAACCUAUCCUGAUCAAUAUGAAUCAAAUCAAUGCCUUUGUUCAUUGUCAGAUCCAGUUUCGUACAGCCACCAACUUUGUUAACGCACCACUUUUAUUCCAAAUUACCUUACAAGCCAACUCUCAGUCUCCUCCUGCUACUCGCUUUAGAUUUGGUGCCAUGCGGAUUCUUUUCAGUGAUCCUCGAUACAAUUAUUACUUGAUUGAUUCAAAUGGUGAUGAGGACGAUUCUCUACCUACCGCUACUCUAAUUGAUUGCUCUCAAGAUGUAGAAUUGGUCAAAGACGAUAGUGAUUAUAGAAACUGGAAGACAAAGAAAGUGAAUCUUGGUCUUUCAAAGAAACAAACUAAAGUUAUUCAAGGUUGUGUAUUACCUGAAAAAUGUGAAGAAGUCAAGAUUGUGGGUGUUUGCUUGGAUAUUAUAUCUCCCAGCUGGAUUGUGGGUCUCAAUUAUACCUUUGAUGAAGGGAAUCAAGUUCAUCCAUUACCAAGGAGGAAAUGGCUUCAACCCAUAUCAGAUACUAAUGAUCAACUCAAAUUCAAACUUCUUGAUGGACGAGGGGAACUCAACACCGUUCGGAUUAUGCAAAGACCACCUUGUGUCAAUUUGACUAUGAAGUAUUCAGCACCUGCUCUUUUGGAUGAAACAUUCCCUCUUACGAUAACCUUGACUAGUGAUGAAUCUGAGAUAAUUGAUGUGACACUGCAUGUGGAAAUGAAGAAUGUGGAAGGUCAAGUUGAUGAAGAUUAUGCGACAUUUAUGGUGAAUGAUCAACCGAUAACAACAAAACAACAAGCCAUUAAUGAACUUCAUCUGGGUCAUGUUAAACCUAAUCAAUCCAUUGACAAAACAGUUUAUCUUUAUGGUUCUCGAUUGACAGGAUCUAGAUUGAUUACAUUGACGGCACGUUAUUCAUCUGUGGGAUCAAGUACAAAUGCAUUAACGGAAAAAUCAGAAGCCAUUCGUAUACCAUUUGUGACGCCAUUUGAUACGAAUUUUGAAGUAUGUGCUCAAAAUGAAAAACCUGAUUCUAAUAUGGAACCAUAUUUACCGAAUACCACGGCAUCUGAAAAAUGGCUUAUUGUUGCCUCUGUACGAUGUUGUUCUACUUGGGAUUUGGCAAUUGACAAAGUGGAAUUUGUUGCACAGGCUCUUGAAACUCACAAUGCAUCAUUGACGUUAAUUUCCAAAUUGGAUGAUUUUAAAUGGCAAACUGGACACGUGUACAAUGCAAACUAUUUAUUUAGAAUGACCACUUCAGACUUGAAAGAAAACAUGCCAUCCAUACCAACAGGUUAUAUUAUUAUCUAUUGGAAAAGAUAUGAUCAAGAUGGACUACUAUCACAGACUACUAUUCAGUUACCUUCUCUUACUUUCCAAAAACCAACAUUAUCAGUGCUAGCAGAUGUACCUUGCGAAAUCUAUCUUGGAGAACCGAUCACUAUUUCUUAUCAAAUCAACAACUCAACCAUGCAUAUUGCGGAAUACACAGGAUCCAUUGAACUUAGUGAAGCAUUUGUAUUUUCUGGUUACAAGCAAGUCAAGGGGCGAGUAUUACCGAUGACACGACACACAUAUCAUUAUGUAUGUUAUCCAUUAUUAGCUGGCAAGGUUAGAUUACCAAGAUUGAAAGUGAUAGCAAAACAUCAGGGAAUAGAUAAAGAAAUUUCAACAGAAAUGGUUGGUAAUGGUACUAUGGUAGCUUUAGAUAAUGAUUUACAUCCAAGACAGGGCCUUACUUUAGAAGAAUCUUCAUUAGUUACAUAUGUAUUUGUGAAUGCUAGAAGAAAUUAGUUAGUAUUGUUUUAGGAUCUUUUUUCUCUCCUUGAUUACUUAUUAUGGUGAUCAUCAAAUAUACAAUAAAU